AUGGCUCCUUCUACUCCAACUCCGGUAUCUAAAGAUUCUGACGAGAUAUUUGAGCUCAAAGACAUCCUGGACAUCAAGAGGCGUGGCCAGAAGACCUACUAUCUUGUGGACUGGAAGGGCUUUGGUCCUGAGGAGAGGUCUUGGGAUCCAGAAGAGAACAUUCAUGCUCUAAACUUGAUAAAAAGUUUUCUGUCUCAUCUUGGACUUAAGAGGGGGCAUCGAAGAAAACCUGCAGGGGUCCAGACGACAGGAUUGGAGCGAGAAUCUCAGCCCAUUGGUCUUGGGGCAACUUCUCCCGGUUGGCAACUUUCUCAAACACCGCCAGCUGAGGUUAUUGCCUGGGAAUUUAAAUCCCAGCUCCAAAACCUGGUUCUGGAACCAUCAAGCAAUGAAUUUUCAUACACAAAUAUACGUCAAGAACCAGCUAGCCACACGAAGAUCAUCCUUGUUUGGACCUGGCCAUUUGGUACAAAAUUUCCACUUAAUAAAUGUCCAUCAUACACUAAUAUUUCUGGAUGCUUUUACACAGCUAACAGAACCUUGUAUUCUUCUGCAGAUGCAAUUGUUAUGCAUCACAGAAAUAUAAUGUAUUCCAGACAGCAGUUACCCCAGAUAGCAAGGCCACCAAAUCAGUACUGGAUAUGGUUUAACUUGGAACCUCCAUCAUACAGCCCAAACUUGCAUUUUAUGGAUAAUCUCAUUAACCUCACAAUGUCUUACAGAGCUGAUUCAGAUAUUUUCACACCUUAUGGCUGGCUAGAGCCAAAUCAACGAGAAGAGAACUUCACAAUUCCCCAAAAAACCAAGCUGGUAGCCUGGGCAAUCAGUAAGUGGAAACCACAUUCUAAAAGAGUACGCUAUUAUCAGAAGCUCAAGAAAUUUCUUCCUGUAGACAUAUAUGGAAGGCAGCAUUUAACUCUCCCAAGAAAAGAAUAUGAAAAAACAUUGUCCAAAUACAAGUUUUAUCUCGCCUUUGAAAACUCAAUUCAUGAAGAUUAUAUUACAGAGAAACUCUGGAAAAAUGCGUUGAAAUCCGGUUGUGUGCCAGUCGUAUUGGGUCCUUCUCGAGAAAACUAUGAGCGUUUUAUUCCGAAAGACUCUUUUCUACAUGUUGAUGACUUCUCCACGCCUGAAGAGCUUGCUAAAUAUAUCUUAAAGUUGGACAAUGAUGAGAACGCUUACCAGCAGUAUUUUACAUGGAGGUCCAGACUUCAUCCCUUUGCAGAUACUAACUGGCAGACUCAUUACUGCAGAGUAUGUAAAGCAAUAAAAGAAGCUCCUGCACACAAAACAAUUUCAAAACUUGGAGCAUGGUACAAAUAAUUAUAGGGUGGUUUAUCACAAAGUUUUUAAGAGAAAUUGUACAUUUGCUCAGGUGUUUUCUAUAUUAGCACUUUUGGGUUCUUUUUAUAG